GUAAAAGAGAGGGAGAGGAGGAGCACACAGGGAAGGAGAAGAGAAGAAAGAAGAGAGAAAAGGAAGACUUUGGGACGCCAUCAUACAGUCAGAAGGUCCUUGCUGCGAUUGGAUGAAAGGUUGGACUUGGCGUGUUUAGAGAGAGCAGAGAUAAGGGUUAGAAGUCAUAUGUGAGAAACUCACCAUGAUGAAUUUACAAACUGGCACAGACUGGAGAACAGCCAGCAGCUGGUACCAUCAAGCCAGCUCUCUGCCAUCACACCACACAGAUGACUGUAUGGUAGAUGAAGUGGGGAUGGAGAUGGUGGGAGCAGCAAGGGGUCUGAGAGACAGGGAGGAGAUGGAUGAGUCCCAGCUCCACCUCCAGUUGAAGAGGAAGCUGCAGAGGAAUCGCACCAGCUUCAGCCAGGAGCAGAUUGAUGCUCUGGAGAAAGAGUUCGAGAGAACACAUUACCCAGAUGUCUUUGCCAGAGAGAGGUUGGCAGCCAAGAUUGAUCUUCCAGAAGCACGUAUUCAGGUAUGGUUUUCCAAUCGGCGAGCCAAAUGGAGGAGGGAGGAGAAGCUGCGGAAUCAGAGGAGGUCAGGAGGCGGGACUUCCUCUUCACAGCGGGUGCCUACGCCUCUCAGCACUUCCUUUAACACCACUAUCUAUCACGGUCACCAUGGCAACACCUCAGGAUCUAUACACAGCAGCUGUAAUGACACGUCUCUCUCUGGUGGCUACAGUGCUCUCUCAGUUUUCACCAAUAUGCAGUCUUCCUCUUCUUCCUACUCCUGCAUGUUACCUUCGUCCCCGUCCACCCUUUCCUCUCUGUCCCGCAAGUUUGACCCCUCCCCUUAUGCCUCACCUCUCCUGCAUCCAGCCCACUCUGCCAGUGGCAGCACAGGUUACCUUUCCCCCAGUGCAUCGGUAGCAGCACAAGUAUCAGGAAGUGAUCAGGACAUGGGUCAUUACUGGACCAGACUUCAGUAA